CUUCACAUCAUGGAUCCACAAUGGUUGAAUAAUAAUAUAAAUCCACUAUCACUGGAUAAUAAUAUAAACACACCAUUAUUAGAUAAUAAUCAAAUAUCAUAUCCAUUAUCUUAUACGGAUGCAUCGAUUUAUAAUAUAGAUUUGAAUCAGUCGUACUCACAACAUCAUAUAAAUUCAUCGAUUAAUAUACAUCCACAAUCUUUGAAUAAUAACCAAACACCAUAUUUGCAACAACUUGAACCAAUUUCUCAAUUACCAAAUUACCCAGAUCUAUAUACAUAUCCUUCUAACGAACAACAGGUUUAUACGACAUCACAGCCCGAAUUGAAAUCAGAUGCACCUAGUAUUACAACAAAUAUACAACCGAAUAAGGAUAAGAAACCACGAAAGAAAGCACGAAAAACGAAAUCUUACAUAAAGUACACACAUGCUUGUAUUGCAUGCAAGUUUUGUCGUAAAAAUCGUCUAAGGUGUGGGGGAAAAAAAGAGGGCUCUAGUUCUUGCAAUAGGUGUAUUGAAGGGAAUGUGCAAUGUAUUUUUGAUAAAAACCCAGGAAUACGAGGUCGCAAACCUGGUACCAAAAAUAAACCUAAGGAAAACAAAACAGAAAACCGUGAUAAUAAUUCUGCUGAUAGUGUCGAAGUUACUAAACCAUGUUGCCAUGGUAACAAUGGAGCAAUAUCUGAUAAUGUUGAUUUAAAAGGUACUUCUAGCAUUUUGAGUCCAAAAAUAAGACAAACACAAGGUAAUAGCAAUGAAAAUAAAAAUAGUAGCAAAUAUUACUAA